AUGGAAAUCCCGAGGCUGCUCCCAGCUCGCGGGAUGCGACAAGGCGGAGGGGCUGGCAGCCCCGAAGGCGGCGGCCGGAUCCGCGGAGGUCCUGACCUGCGGGCCAGUCAGGCCCCGGCGCGCCGCCUCCUGCUGCUCCGGGGCCCCCAAGAUGGCGGGCCCAGGCGGCGGCGUGAGGAGGCCAGCGCGGCUUCUUCGUGCCCAGGCCCGGGCCCGAGCCCGUUGGCACUGAGGCCCAAUGACGCUACCGGCUGCGGCAGCGGCGGCGGCAGCAGCGGCGGCGAUGACUUCUUCCUGGUGCUACUGGACCCGGUGGGUGGAGACGUAGAUACCGCGGGCGCUGGCCAGGCCGCAGGGCCCGUGUGGAGGGAGGAGGCCGGGCUGGGCCCAAGGCUUCUGGGGGGCGAAAGCGGCGCGAACCCCGAGGGCCGCCCUGCGCUGGGCCCCAGCUGCCUGUCGGCUAUCCCCGCCCCAGUCCCGGCCUUGGCCCCGAUCCCCGCUCCAGGCCUGGGCCCUGCCGCGGCCUUCGCAGGCACUGUCACCAUUCACAACCAAAACCUGCUGUUGAGCUUGGAGAACGGCGUCCUCACUCUGGCCACGCCCCCACCGCCCGCCUGGGCGCCUGGGGUCGCCCCUGCCCCGCAGCCCGGGGGUCUGAUAGCCCCGCAAGCUGGGAUCCCGCACGCCGCGCAGCCUGGAGACUGUCCGGAGCUGCCGCCCGACCUCCUGCUGGCGGAGCGGGCAGAACCUGCGCCUGCCCCAGCGCCCAAGGAGGAGGCGGAGGGCCCGGCUGCUCUUGAGUGCCCCCGUGGGCCGUCAGGCCCGGGCCAGGGCGUGUUGCUGUACCUGUGUCCUGAGGUGCAGUGCGGACAAACCUUCGCAAAGAAGCACCAGCUGAAGGUGCACCUGCUGACGCACAGCAGCAGCCAGGGCCAGCGGCCCUUCAAGUGCCCCCUGGGUGGUUGCGGGUGGACCUUCACCACCUCCUACAAGCUCAAGAGGCACCUGCAGUCACACGACAAACUGAGGCCCUUUGGCUGCCCAGCAGAGGGCUGUGGCAAGAGCUUCACCACCGUGUAUAACCUCAAAGCACACAUGAAGGGCCACGAGCAGGAGAACUCAUUCAAAUGUGAGGUGUGUGAGGAGACCUUCCCCACGCAGGCCAAACUCAGCGCCCACCAGCGCAGCCACUUCGAGCCUGAGAGGCCCUACCAGUGUGCGUUUUCCGGCUGCAAGAAGACAUUUAUCACAGUGAGUGCCCUGUUUUCCCAUAACCGCGCCCACUUCAGGGAACAGGAACUCUUUUCCUGUUCCUUUCCCGGCUGCAGUAAACAGUAUGACAAGGCAUGUAGGCUGAAAAUUCACCUUCGGAGCCACACUGGUGAGAGACCGUUCCUUUGUGACUUUGAGGGCUGUGGCUGGAACUUCACUAGCAUGUCCAAACUCCUAAGGCACAAACGGAAGCACGACGACGACCGGAGGUUCAUGUGCCCCGUGGAAGGGUGUGGGAAAUCUUUCACAAGGGCUGAACAUCUGAAAGGUCACAGCAUAACCCACCUGGGCACGAAGCCUUUUGUGUGCCCGGUGGAAGGUUGCUGUGCCAGGUUCUCUGCUCGCAGUAGUCUCUACAUUCACUCCAAGAAACACUUGCAGGAUGUGGACACUUGGAAAAGCCGAUGCCCAGUCGCCACUUGUAAUAAACUCUUCACGUCCAAGCACAGCAUGAAGACCCACAUGUCCAAAAGGCACAACCUGCGCCAGGAUCUCUUAGCUCAGCUGGAAGCUGCAAAUUCUCUUACACCCAGCAGUGAACUUACCAGCCAGGGGCAGAGUGACCUCAGUGAUGCUGAGCUUGUGUCUCUCUUCUCUGAUGUGCCUGGUAAUAGUUCUGCUGCAGUACUGGACACAGCAUUGGUGAACUCUGGGAUCUUGACUAUUGAUGUGGCUUCUGUGAACUCAACUCUGGCAGGAAACCUCCCUGCUAAUAAUAAUAAUUCCUUAGGGCAGGCGGUGGACCCUCAGGCCUUGAUGGCCACCAGUGACCUUCCUCAAAGUUUGGAUACCUCACUCUUCUUUGGAACGACGGCAGCAGGUUUUCAGCAGGGUCCCUUAGAUAUGGAUGAUGUCUCAAGUCUAAGUGCGGGGCCGUUGGCAUCUCUGAGCUCUUUGGCUGUGAAAAACUCGAGUCAAGAGCCCCAAGCUUUGACCCCUAGCAGUAAGCUAACAGUAGACACAGAUGCUCUGACUCCUUCAAGCACCCUUUGUGAAAACAGUGUCUCAGAACUACUGCCACCAACAAAAACGGAAUGGAAUGUACAUCCGGACUCUGACUUCUUUGCACAGGAGGAAGAAACCCAGUUUGGAUUCUCCAAUCCAGUAGGAAACCAUGGGUCUCAGAAAGAAACAGAUCUUAUCACAGUGACUGGCAGCUCAUUUUUGGUAUGA